GAUUUGGGCUCGGGACUUGCUUAUAUAGGAAUAUACAUUCUCCUCUCCAGGAUCGGCUUUGAAGCUUCCUAUCAGGAUUGCUGGCUAGCGGGGGAUAAGUCCUUGUAGGAUUUCCAGGCUGGGCGGAGAGUGGAAGAAGCGAGCUGGAAAAAGCCCCGAUCGCCGCUGCUUGUGUGCAAGUGUUAGAUGGAAAGCAGCUCUAUCAUCGCCCAAGUGCACAGAGAAGAGGCGCUUGUGCAUUCAAAGCCAGGACUGGUGUCCAAGUCCUCUCCAAAGAAGCCUCGAAGUCGGAGCAUAUUCAAGGCGCUCUUCUGUUGCCUCAGUGCACAGAAUGUCAGCCGGCCAGGGGGCUCCAGUGAGUCACCAAUACAGAAGGAGGAGACGAAUGCAACCCCAAAGUCGGAUUUACUCCAGUGUCUUCAGUAUCAGUUUUACCAGAUCCCAGGUACCUCUCUGCUUCCUGAGGUAGCACCAAAAGACAAAGGAAAAAUCUGCAUGGUGAUUGAUUUGGAUGAAACCCUGGUUCAUAGCUCAUUUAAGCCCAUCAGUAAUGCAGAUUUUAUAGUUCCAGUGGAGAUAGAAGGAACUACACACCAGGUGUAUGUUCUAAAGAGGCCUUAUGUGGAUGAGUUCCUGGAGAGAAUGGGCCAACUUUAUGAAUGUGUACUGUUCACAGCCAGUCUGGCCAAGUAUGCCGACCCAGUGACAGACCUUCUAGACAAGUCAGGAGUCUUCCGCUCACGACUUUUUAGGGAAGCCUGCGUGUUUCACCAGGGCUGCUAUGUAAAGGACCUUAGUCGUCUGGGUAGAGAUCUGAAGAAAACUGUUAUUUUGGACAACUCCCCUGCAUCCUACAUCUUCCAUCCAGAAAAUGCAGUUCCGGUGCAGUCCUGGUUUGAUGACAUGUCUGACACGGAGCUCCUGAGCCUAAUCCCAAUCUUCGAGGAGUUCAGUUACUCAGAGGACAUUUAUACAAGUCUCGGGCAGCUGAAGGCCCCUUGAGCUUUCUUUCCUGCCUUCCCUUUUAAAGGAACUUUUUAUAUCUUUUAAUAUUCUUAGUUUUUUUUCCCAUUUUUUUGUCGAAUACUUCUCACAGUGCCUUUGGCCUUGGGUGAAGAGGAACCAAAAGUGGAGUUUGACGUGUCAGAAUGGGUGUUUCUCACAGACUUGGAGCAGUAGCCCAUGAGCAAGAGAGCUGCUAGCUUGCCUGUACCAAGCAUAGCGUCAUGGCUCAGUCCUCAUAGCCAGCGUGUUUAGUGGCAGGUUGGCCACAAAAGCAGGGAUACAUAUAAAUGCCAUUACUUUGGUGCACUGUUAGGGGAAAGUGUCCUUUUUAUAUGAUAGUGGUACCAUGUACCUAAGUUAUAGUGAUGCUGGAGUCUGGUGGCUCUUGGCGGUAUAAUUUAAUUGGUCUUAAUUUACCAUAUAUACGUACAGCCUUUCUGUAAGGGUGCAGAACCAUACAUCUGGUCCAUAUAACACACUGGCACUCUUAAUAUAGAACAUGACAGAGGAAAAGUGUGUCUGAAAGCCUAGUGUGUUCUGGGAAGUGUAGGGUUAUAGACAAAGCUCUUGAGAGGUGUAUGACCAAAGGGUAGGUGUUUUUCGAAGGGUCUCAAAGAGAAUGUAGGUGCUAUAAUCUGUAGUUUUGUUCAGAAUUUGCUGUCUCACACAUCUUCCCUGAUAUAGGGAAUCCCUGCAUUCAAACGCUAGCUGUCAUCUCCCGAGGAAUCACUGACUCAGCUUAACCCUCGGUACAACUGAUUUUUGGAGGUGCCUUAUUGGUGUUUUGGAGUCUUCCUUAUGUUGGAGGAAGAUGAUUUAGAUGUUUAUUUGUUAUUCUAUUAGUUUGAACCUGUCACUUGAAACAGUAGCUUUACUGCAAUCCCACCUUAUCUGCUCCUGCGAGACCUCCAGCACAUCACCUUUCUGGCACACAGCAGGGAGUUGGGGGCUUCUCCACAUGAUUCAGUUAAGCAAUCUGAAACUCCAGACAAAAGCUUAGAACAGUUCUCCAUUAUCAGCACAGCUCUAUAUAUUAGAAAUACCGGAGGCUGGUCUUCACUAAGUUUUCCUACGCUUCCUGGGCAACCACAAAACAUUCCCUAUUUGUUUUCUCUAGACGUCUUUUGUUUUAUAUUUUGACCAAAAACAAACAAACAAGAAAAAGCCAAAGGGAUAAGUAUUGAAUAUUCUUAAUGUACUUUCUUAUUAAUUACUUGAAGAGAAAAUCAUUAUCCACCAGCUUUGAUUUGCUCUACUUUCAUUUUUUCUUGGAAUUGGUCAUUUGCUACCUAAAUCCUUUGAGUUCAACUUUUCUGUUAGGCUGGUCAUACUCUGUCCUAAAUUGGCUUUCAGCUAAGCCACUUCAACUUAUUGGUCCAGUAAUGGGGUCACAAUGAUGCUUGUCUGACCUAUAUCUGCACAGGGAUUGGCUAGAUAUCCUUUGGACAGGUUUAAAAGUUAGGCCAUGGAUGUCGUUGUCUCCUGAUGGACCUGCAACAUUUUUUUUCCUGGAGGCCAAACCAUUUAAACGGUCCAAUUUGACCCACUGACAGGGUCGCCCAAUUGAGCAAAGAUCCACUCAUUAAGUGAUCUCUCAAAACGGGUGGAUCUUUCUGUGUAUGACCAGCUUCACUGUGUAAUAAAAGGGCAUUACAAACAUUGACUAUAGAAUAAUUUAAGGAUAUCCUUUAUCCGACUCUGCAGCUGUUGUCAAACUACAAAUCCCAGCAACCCCAGCAGCUAUGGGGCUGUGGUGUAGAAUCCUGAUCUCCUGAUGCUUCUGUUCCUGAUCUGCACAUUAUGCUAUCCCUCAGUUCUACAUUCUUUUGCCAUCGUUGUACCAUAGAGUUUGGUUUCCAGUCAGGUAACUCACCGUGCCGUGCCUUGUUUGAUUCAGCAGAGGAACAUGAGAAAAAGGAGUUUUUGUUCAUGAAAUAUCUAAUGUGUUAUUCCACCCUGUUUAAUCCAUGCAGCGUUCAUCUCCAGGUAGCGCAUUGCUGCCCACUCAGUCAUUAUAUGAUUUCUAGGCUUCCGUCAGACUGUUACAAAGAUUUUAAAUGGACCUCAGGGGAAAUGCAGUAUCCAUCCUAUGGAAUGAUUGCACAUUUGCUGUCUAGGCCUCUACAAAUUGACACUCCUAGAACAUUUAUUUUUCUGCUGUACAUUUGUCAGGCAAAAUGAACAUUCCUGCGUGUCCUUGAUUUUUAUCAGAAUGCGAGGUCCGUGUCUUUCUUAGAUACGUGACGGAUCGAAAGUGUUUGCUAUUGUUGAGAUUGUAGAAUGGAAGGGCUUUCAGCACAUUGCUGUGUUCAAAAGGUUUCCCAAUAGGAAGGGGUUAAAUCAUUAAGGUGUGUAAUCUCUGUCACAGAGCAUGCAAUAAAACUAUAUUUUUAUGCCCUAAA